AUGAGUAGUCUCAAGAUGAAAGCAUUCUAUACUCUCGUUGUGUUGAUUUUAUUCUCAAUAGUGAAUGGUGAAAGUGAAAAAUUUAAAUUCAGACUUGCUAGAAGAUCAAACUCAGGAGUUUUUGAGGAUUCAGCGGAUUCAGAAGAGGAUUUAGCUGAGGAAGAAGUUUUUGAACAAGAACCACAAGUCGAAGAUGAAAGUAAAUGUGCAGAGCUUAAAGACGCCAUUAAAGGCAAUCAAACAAUCAUAUUUGAAAUCAUUUUACCAGAAAUCCGAUACAUGGAACUAACCAAGGUUGACGUCAUGAUUUACAACAAUAUCAACUCAAGGAUGCCUUUAAAUGUGGAAUUAAACAUGAUAAGCAAUUGCGAUAGAUGUGAUUUUAAAGUUUACAAUGACAAAUGCGGAACAUCAGAUUCAGUUUUUCCUAAAAUCAUUUCUGUUCCACAUGCUACAGCUCGAUUAUUCUCAUUCUAUACUCAAACAUCCUCAAAUUUAAGAAAUCUGAAUGAUUUGUUACAUUUAAAAUUGAAGGCAAGCAUCAAAAGUGAAAAUAACGAAUGUUUUUUAACAAAAUCAGUAAAUGUUAAAUCACCGACGGUAAAAACCUAUGAUAUUGAAACAAACAAGUUCAAUUUAAGACCAUCAAAUAAUAAAGUUAUGGUAAGGUCAUAUGAUCAAAGUUUUCAAACAUACGAGAUUAGAAUGGCUACAGAGAUUAUUGCAAAUGGAUCAGCAAACUUUACAGUCACAUUAACAAAUGAUGGUGAUUUUAGAGAGGUUUUAACUGUCACAGAUUCAACUCCAAUUGAGGUCAUUUUUCCUGAAGGCUCAACUAGUAUGAAGACAUCAAUAAAAGGCAGUGGAUUCUGUACCAUAAGAACAAUUUUUCAAAGAACGGUCUUAUUAAACCAUUUAAAUUCAAAUUUCAAUUUGACAAUAACUCCUUUAAAGUCGAAUAACAAAAAUGUAGGAAAUGUUCGAGUUUGUGCUUCAUUUAACCCAAGUAAUUUUUAUACAAUAACUAAUGCUAUAUUAGAUGUGCAGAUGCCAAGCGGAUAUGUUUUCAAUAAAGUUACAAACAAAGCUAAAAUUAAGCAUGUCGCCCCAAGAUGGAAGAAUUCGUCUGUCCAGAUUUACUAUGAUGAUUUCCGAAUGACUGAAGUCAAAUGUGUUAAUAUUCAAGCAUUAAAGACAAUGGAAGUUAGCAAUGCACAAGACGCAGUUGUUAGUAUUUAUGAUUAUGAGGAUAAAAAAAACAUGGCUGUUGGAUAUUACAACUUUUUGGGUUCCUGUGGCAGUUCCUAA